AUGGCAAUGGUACUAAAUGUGUGGAAAGAUCCACAGGAAGAUGUAGUAGGGAAUUCUCUAAGUAGCUCCAGCGUGCUCACUCAGCCGGGAGGAGACCAUCGUCUGACCGCGUCAGCAGCACCACAUACCCCGCAAACAGGUCCUCUCUCUGCGUCGGGAGCAGCCGGGGACAGGGGAGUGACCCAGGACUCAGCGCACACUGAGUGUGUGGUUUGUGGGGACAAGUCCAGCGGUAAGCACUAUGGCCAAUUUACCUGCGAGGGAUGCAAAAGUUUUUUCAAAAGGAGCGUUCGUCGCAACUUAACCUAUACGUGCCGUGCCAACAGAACCUGUCCAGUCGACCAGCACCACAGGAACCAGUGCCAGUACUGCCGGCUGAGGAAAUGUUUAAAAGUAGGAAUGCGUCGAGAAGCGGUUCAGCGAGGAAGAAUGCCGCCGACUCAGCCUAACACAGGACACUAUGCCCUGGCAAACGGAGAUCCUCUCAACGGACACUGCUAUUUGUCUGGUUACAUAUCACUGUUGCUUCGGGCUGAGCCAUAUCCAACAGCCCGGUACGGCAAUCAGUGCGUGCAACCCAGUACCAUCAUGGGGAUCGAGAGUAUCUGUGAGCUGGCGGCCCGACUGCUCUUCAGCGCUGUGGAAUGGGCUAGAAACAUUCCUUUCUUCCCUGAUCUACAAAUUACGGAUCAAGUGUCUCUCCUCAGAUUAACUUGGAGCGAGUUGUUUGUCCUUAAUGCCGCCCAAUGCUCUAUGCCUCUUCACGUGGCCCCACUUCUAGCCGCUGCUGGUCUUCACGCCUCUCCAAUGGCGGCAGAUAGAGUUGUGGCAUUUAUGGACCACAUACGUUUCUUUCAGGAGCAAGUUGAAAAACUGAAGGCCCUUCACGUCGACUCUGCAGAGUAUAGUUGUGCCAAGGCUAUAGUGCUGUUUACUUCAGACGCGUGUGGUCUCGCGGACGUGCCUCAUGUAGAAGGCCUCCAGGAGAAGUCCCAGUGUGCCCUCGAGGAAUACGUUCGGAGCCAGUAUCCCAACCAGCCUACUCGCUUUGGAAAACUCUUAUUACGUCUCCCCGCGCUGCGCAUGGUGUCGUCCUCUGUUAUCGAACAGCUGUUUUUCGUCCGUUUAGUCGGUAAAACUCCCAUUGACACUCUUAUCAGGGACAUGUUACUGUCCGGCAGCAGUUUCAAUUGGCCGUACAUGUCCAUGCAGUGA